CCGAUGGGGGGUCGGGGCCGCGGCGGUUGUGCGCAGUGGAUGCCCAAGCCCAAGCAAAGUUUUUGGGGAUUGUCGGCCUAAUGAGCGGACGGCAAAGAACGCUUUUCCAGACGUGGGGCUCGAGCCUUUCCCGAUCCUCCAAGGCCCCGCGCAGCAGCUCCGGCGCUCAGGGUCCGGGCAGCUCCCAGGCAUGUCUGCCUGCGGCGGCUGCGGCUCAGCCCGAGGCAGACGAUGAUGUGCUGCUGGUCGCGGUGUACGAGGCUGAGCAGCAGCUGAGUCUCAAGAAUGGCGGUUUCUGCACUUCGGCGGGCGCCCUGUGGAUUUAUCCGACCAAUUGCCCAGUGCGAGACUACCAGCUGCACAUCUCCCGGACAGCCCUGUUCUGCAACACACUGGUGUGUCUGCCCACCGGACUGGGAAAGACUUUUAUUGCCGCCGUGGUCAUGUACAAUUUCUACCGCUGGUUCCCCUCCGGCAAGGUGGUUUUUAUGGCCCCCACGAAACCCUUGGUGACCCAGCAGAUCGAGGCUUGCUACCAGGUGAUGGGUAUUCCACAGUGCCACAUGGCCGAAAUGACAGGUUCUACUCAAGCUUUCACCAGGAAGGAAAUCUGGUGCAGUAAGAGAGUCCUUUUUCUUACACCUCAGGUCAUGGUAAAUGACCUUACUAGAGGAGCAUGUCCUGCUUCUGAUAUAAAAUGCCUAGUUAUUGAUGAAGCUCAUAAGGCUCUUGGAAACUAUGCAUAUUGCCAGGUUGUAAGGGAACUGGUCAAAUAUACAAAUCACUUUAGAAUAUUGGCUCUUAGUGCCACACCAGGCAGUGAUAUAAAGGCUGUGCAACAGGUUAUUUCUAACCUACUAAUUGGGCAGAUAGAACUUCGUUCUGAAGAUUCUCCAGAUAUUUUGCCAUAUUCUCAUGAAAGACGAGUUGAAAAGCUUGUUGUUCCCCUUGGUGAAGAACUUGCAGCCAUCCAAAAGACAUAUAUCCAGGUAAGCCAUUUUUAUCACAGAGCAUGGUACCAGAGGAAUGUUUUGAUGAGGAGGGAUACCCCAAUCUAACAAAAAUACCAGAUAAUUCUGGCAAGAGAACAAUUGAGACAAAACCCAUCUCCAAAUGUUGUGUAGUAUUUUUAAGCAAUAAUUGAGGGAGAGUUUCCCAUUUGUAUUAAGCUUAUAUCAUGGUUAUGGGAAUUACUUUACGCAAAUGGAAUGAGAUCAUUAUAUUUCUUCCUUGGGAAUUUGGAUGGAACAAAAGAAUGACUCCGAGCAAAAAAAGAACUUAAGCCGAAAGAGGACUUCAUGAAAUUUUAUAGUAUCUAAGAGUGCAUGUUUGCACAUACACGUGAUACUUCAGCAAGUGAUACUUCUAUCCAAAAAGGAGAUAAAAAUAAAGAUUUUUUCUAUAGUCAUCCAAAAUUAAAGAAAUUAGAAGAAGUUGUAGUGGAACACUUCAAGUCAUGGAAUGCUAAAAACACCUCUGGAAAGAAAAGCGAUGAGACCAGAGUUAUGAUAUUUUCUUCAUUUCGAGACAGUGUUCAAGAAAUUGCAGAAAUGCUUUUACGGCACCAACCAAUUAUUAGAGUGAUGACUUUUGUUGGCCAUGCUUCAGGGAAGAGCAUGAAAGGUUUUACCCAAAAGGAGCAGCUGGAGGUAGUGAAACAAUUUCGUGAUGGUGGUUACAACACAUUGGUUUCUACCUGUGUUGGUGAAGAAGGUUUGGAUAUAGGAGAAGUUGAUCUUAUAAUAUGUUUUGAUGCCCAGAAGAGCCCAAUUCGUCUCAUACAACGAAUGGGUAGAACUGGCCGCAAACGCCAAGGCAGGAUUGUUGUUAUUCUUGCUGAAGGACGGGAAGAGCGUACUUACAAUCAGAGUCAGUCCAACAAGAGAAAUAUUUAUAAAGCUAUUUCAAGUAAUAGGCAGAUCCUUCAUUUUUACCAAGGAAGUCCACGAAUGGUUCCUGAUGAAAUCAAUCCAGAAUUACACAAAAUGUUCAUUACACAGUGUGUCUAUGAAGCAGAGAAGUCAUCUCGGAAAGUGCAGUGGAAAUCAUCUCUCUUUUCCCAUAAGGACGGAGCAAGGCACAAUAACUCAAAUAAAAAUUGGUUCUUAUCAGAAGAAGAGUUUAAAUUAUGGAAUAGACUCUACAGGUUAAGAGACAGUGAUGAAAUUAAGGAGAUAAAGUUGCCUCAGGUUCAGUUUCUGUCUUUACAAGAUGAGGAAAACAAAUCAACUGAAGAGCCAACCAUUGGAGUUCAUCAGCUGUCUCUCUCUGAGUGGAGAGUGUGGCAAGAUCAUCCUUUUCCUACACAUCAAGUUGACCACUCAGAUCGAUGCCACCAUUUUGUAAGCAUUAUGCAAAUGAUAGAAGGAAUGAGACAUGAAGAGGAUGAAUGCAGCUAUGAAUUGGAAAUCAAACCUUAUUUGCAAAUGGAAGAUGUUAGCUCAACAUUUAGCACUCCUAGAAAUAAGUAUAUUAAUCUUGCUAGUGACAGCUUCACUACUCACAAGAAGUCUUCAUUAGCACAGAAUAUAAAUCAAAUCAUUUCAUUAUCAGUGAUGGAAUCUGAUGAAGAAUGUGCUGAAAUUUUUAAACAAACUCAUGCCAAACGUAGUAAAAUUGUUUUUCUAAAGAAGAAAGCUUCUACAGAAAUGAAAAAACAUCAGCCUAAUAAAGAAAAUGAUGAUAUGGAUUUUUUAGAUACUGACAGAAGUUCUCCUGCUGAAACUAUUUUUCAGUUAGACCUACCAAAUGAUAAAAGGACAUCAGAUACAGAUGGAGUUACUGACAGAUGUACUGUUAAUGAAAAUGUUAAUCAGCCAAGUGUGUUAUUAACAGAGUGUCAGUUUACAAGUAAAUCUAUUAGUUCAUUUGUUGGAAAUCUUUUAGAUUCUGGUUAUAACAGUUUCAGUGAUGAGAAAUCUGUUUCAUCUAACUUGUGUCUUUCAUCUGAAGAAGAGUUUUAUGUAGUUGCAACAGAUGAACAAUCUGAUAACUGUCAUGCAUUGACAAAAGAGGUGCUAGCUAAUGUAGAGAAAUUUUUGUCUCAUUCUCCCCCGCCUCUCAGUGGACUUUCGGACUUGGAAUACGAAAUUGCUAAGGGUUUGGCACUUGAGAAUUUAAUUUUCCUACCACAUGCAGAGGAUUUACAAAAUUAUAAACCCACCUCUCUGAUAUCAUAUUCAGCUAUGAAUUCUCAACAAAAUUUAGAAUUAGAUUCACUUAACUCUAUUAAUCAUCCUUCUGAAAAAAGUUGUCUCUUUGGUGCAACUAAUGAUAAGAUCUCUGAUGAGCCAUACUUCAAUUACUGUGAUGACAAAGUACAUAAAGAUAUUAAAAGUGAAAGUUUAGUUUCUAACAAUCAUGUUCAAAUGCACAUAGAUCCUGCAAAGAAUUUAGUUGACCAAAAAACCCAUGACAGUGAUAACAAUAACCUUCCAGUAUUGCUCUCUGAUCAAGAUGAGAGUUUACUAUUAUUUGAAGAUGUUAAUGAAGAUUUUAAUGGUGUGCACCUUUCUCCCCUAAACAAUAAUUGCAGAUCUUUAGGUGUGUCUGGCAAAACUCCUAUAAGUGAAAUGGCUCCAGUCUCUCAGUUCUUAAUUUCUGAUGAACUUUUGUUAAGUGAUAAUUCUGAAUCCCAAGAUCAAAUCAUCUGUGAUAUAAAUAGUUGUAAACUGCAUGAAGAUUUGAAAGAUAGACAUGAGGAAAAAUUGAAGAGCGAUGAACAUGUUUUUGAUUGUUCUAAGGAUUUAUUUUCUGUUACCUUUGAUUUAGGAUUUUGUAAUCCAGAUUCUGAUGAUGAGAUAGUAGAAGAACAUGCAUUGGACACAAAUAACAGUAGAUGUCCAGAUGAUCUAUCUGGAAGGUAUUUUGAUAUUAAGGAGAUAAGGAAGACAAAUUAUGUUUCAAAUAAACCAAGAGAUCAUGUUGAAAAUGUUACAAGUGGAACCAUACCCAUCCUGGCAAGAGAAGAUAUGCAGAGUUCAAAUUUUGUACAUUUUCCAAAGAAUAAAGAAUUUAUGUCUCCUUGUUUUUCUCAGUUUUCCUCACCAGUAGGGGAAAAAUUUAUGAGUACACCACUUUUGAGGUCAAACACAUUAAACUCAGUUUCUAAGAUAAGAAAAGAAAUGCUUAAUGUACCAGAUUUUAGUGAGGAAAAAGUAAAUCUACAAAGUUUCAAAGAAACAUUGAAUUUAAAUUUUGAUGACUCAGGAUUUUCUCUAGAAAAGUCUGAAAGUUAUGAACAGAUCUAUCUACAACAAUCCCAUCAUCGUUCUGCUGAAGAUGAACAAUUAUUAAUAAGUAAUGAAAGUGAAGAUGAUGAAAUUUUCCUAAGAAAAAGUAAAAAACCAAAAGGAAAUGUUUUAAAAUCCCCGGAGGGUCAGAAAAAUAGUGAAGUUGAUUCUCCUGUUCAUGCUGUCAAAAAGCGCAGGAUUCUUAGAUCAGAAUUAUCAUCUAGUGAUGAGAGUGAGAAUUUUCACGGACCAUAUCAACACUUAGAAGACUUCAUGUGUUGUAACAGGAAUGCCAGAAGAAGCAUCAAAAUCCAAAAGAGACAGACUUACCUAAAGCAUGUAGCUAGGCAGUUUUUAGAUGAUGAAGCAGAACUUUCUGAAGAAGAUUCAGAAUGUGUUUCGUCAGAUGAAAAUGAUGAGUCAGAGAAUGAACAAGAUUCCUCCUUACUUAACUUCUUAAAUGAUGAGGCUCAGCUUUCACAGGCUGUAAACGAUUCUGAAAUGAGAGCUAUUUAUAUGAAAUCUUUGCGUAGUCCAUUGAUGAACAAUAAGUACAAAAUGGUCCAUAAGAAACAUAACAACAUAAACAUUUUCUCACAGAUUCCUGAGCAAGAUGAAACCUAUUUAGAGGACAGUUUUUGUGUUGAUGAAGAGGAGUCUUGCAAAAGCCAAUCAAGUGGAGAAGAAGUUUGUGUUGAUUUUAAUUUAGUAAGUGACGAUUGUUUUGCAAAUGGAAGUAAAAAAUAUAAAACCCGGCGUGCAGUAAUGUUGAAGCAAAUGAAGAUGAAACAAAAUUGUACACGUUCAAAAAAGAAAUUAUCAAGAAUUAUUUUGCCAGAUGAUUCAAGUGAGGAGGAAAACAAUGUAAAUGAUAAGAGAGAAUCUGAUAUUGUGGUUAACCCAAGCACUGCUCACAAGAACAAACAACAGGACCAGAAUUUGAAUUUACUGUCUUCUGGGUCUUCAUUGCAGCCCAAAGUCCUUUCUAAACAAAUAGUAAAUCAAUCACCCAAACAGAGACAACAGACACCAUGGAAUUUAAAGGACACAAUUUCUGAAGUAGAAUUCAAGCCUCAGAAUCAUAAUGAAAUCAAAUCUACCUCACCACCAUGCACUGCUGUUCAGCCACAGACAGAAUACAGAAAAUUGCCAAUUCAAUUUCAGGUUGAUAGUGCUCUAGAGGAUCCUAGCACUUCAGAGGAACACUCUUCUAAUUCAAGACCGCAUUUGGCUGAUACGCAUACUUCUCUUAAACUUCCACAGGAAGGAAAAAGAACCUGUAUUCUUGUAGAUAGUCAUGAAAUCACUUCUGGUUUAGAAGUAAUUUCUUCCCUAAGGGCAGUUCAUGGCUUACAGGUAGAGGUGUGUCCUCUUAAUGGCUGUGACUACAUUGUGAGUAACCGCAUGGUGGUAGAAAGGAGGUCUCAAUCUGAUAUGUUAAAUACUAUCAGUAAGAACAAGCUCAUCCAGCAGAUCCAGCACCUGCAAAGUAUGUUUGAAAGAAUAUGUGUAAUUGUGGAGAAGGACAGAGAAAAAACAGGAGAUACAUCAAGGAUGUUUAGAAGAACAAAGAGCUAUGACAGUCUGCUGAUCACCUUAAUUGGUGCUGGAAUCCGAAUUCUUUUCAGUUCCUGCCAAGAAGAAACUGCAGAUUUGCUAAAGGAACUUUCUUUAGUGGAACAAAGAAAAAAUUUUGGCAUUCAUAUUCCAGCAAUGACGAAUAGUAGUAAAUGUGAAGCACUUCAGUUUUAUUUAAGUAUUCCCAAUAUAAGUUAUGUAACUGCAUUAAGUAUGUGUUACCACUUUUCAUCUGUGAAAAAGAUGGCCAACAGCUCACCCCAAGAAAUCUCUAUGUAUGCACAAGUAACUCAUCAGAAAGCUGAGGAGAUCUAUAGAUAUAUGCACUAUGUAUUUGACAUGCAAAUGUUACCGAAGGAUCGUCACCAAGACAGACUGAAAUCUAGUGCAUAAUCAGACAGCUCAAGAACUGUCUAAGAACUCUCACAAUUUAU